AAACAAAACCCCGCGAAGAAGACACUUCCGAACUUUGGCAUUCGGGUCCAGAACAACAAUGGACAGUGAUCUCUCUCAGCAGAAACCUAGUGAAGACGCGCAUGAGGAGAGGAGUUUGAGCUCGGUGAAGGGCAAGGAGAUGGGGGAUAAGAUCAUGGGGUGGGUUUUGGCUCUUAUGGUGGCUAUUCUUGCGCUUUUCAUUGGGUUUUCCUUCAAAUCCCGAUACCCGAUCUUCUCCUCCUCUCCCUCUCAUCAACAGAAACUCUUCGAAGUUGAUGAGCUAGCAUUGUAUAAUGGAACAGACAAGGGAUUGGCGAUCCUUCUUGGAAUUCUUGGAUCUGUAUUUGAUGUCACAAAAGGAAAAUCUCACUAUGGUGUGGGAGGAGGUUAUAAUCACUUUGCCGGAAGAGAUGCUUCUCGUGCAUUUGUAUCAGGAAACUUCACAGGGGAAGGACUUACUGAUUCUUUGCGGGGUUUGUCAAAUGCUGAGAUCAAGAGUGUUGUUGAAUGGCGGAGCUUUUACCAAAAAACCUACACACUUGUAGGUAAGUUGGUGGGUCUUUACUAUGAUGAUCAUGGAAACCCCACUAAACAUUUAAAGGGAGUUGAGGCAAAGGCUGCCAGAGGUGCACAGCUUUUGAAGAAACAAAAGGAAGAGGAUGAUAAACUGCCAAGUUGUAAUUCGAGAUGGAGUCAGGGAGAAGGUGGUGAGGUCUGGUGUGAUAAUGGCUUCCCGAGGUUGGUACAGAGGCCUUUAGAAAUUGCAUUGACAGGGAAGAUGAGCAAACGGUGUGCUUGCUUUAGGGAAGAUCAACUAGGUGAGCCAGGAUUAGAAGUUUAUGAUGGUUGUGACUACCAAGCCAAGACUUGUCGUGUUUAAAGAGCCAUUACAAAGAGCCUUUAGCUUGUUAGUCAACAUAUGACCUCUCACAUGCAUCGGAAGCCAGUUCAUUAUUGGUUAUCAUCCUGAUACUAAAGAGGGGAUGAAGCCUGCAGGAGAUCGACUGAAAUGGCCAAUAGAUAUGACAUGCCGAAUCUUUUGUUCUUUUUUAAAUUCUUCUUCCCGUUGGAAAGGUGGGUGGUGGGGGAGCAUCGACCAUGGACAGGUAUGCGAUUAUAUAUUUUUAUAGCAUAAUACUGUUUAUUGAUCAUCAUCAGUUUCAGUUGCCUGCCUGCUGUGUUUGCUUUUUUCAUAGUCAAUGAUAUGAACUUGUAAAAUAUUGAUGUAUUUUUUAUGUUAGUUGUAUUUAUUGUCCUCUUUUGCAAGACAUGAAGAGACAAACCUUGCCUCUGAAUUCUGAUGUUGCUACACUUCUAACUACCGAUUUGUUUGCCUUUUGACGAAA